AUGACGGCGGCGCUGUCUGAGCGUUUAUUACCAGCAGGAGAGACGCAAAGCAUCGGAGAACCUCGAGUGGCGUGGCGUUCCUGUGGGGUAGGAGCAGCGGGCAGGGAGAAAGGCUGGCAGAUGGCGAGCAGCUCCCUCUUGAGACUGUCGCCUCCCAGGCUGGCGAUCUCGUUGCCUCCAGCCGACGCGUUUGCGGCGUCUGCUGACGGCAAAAGCUGCGGCAGCCCGCAGGGGAAGCCACGCAUGAGCGGCUGGCGCUCCUUCACGGAACUAAAAGGCAGCGUCUUCAUGUCUCGCCGCCUCUGGAGGACGGUGUCUUUCUACUGGGCAAUCGCCGCCGUCACAGCCCUCAUCGUCGUCACCUGCGAGCCAGUGAGUGGCGACUCUAGCGAUGCAUUUGCGGCAUGCAUGCAACCCCUAAAAGCCCCAGAAGGAGAACGGCCGACGCCUGCUACUGAGUCUCAGCUCUGUGGAACGCCGUGUCUGUCACUGCCGACUGAGUGUGCGUCUAAUGCGCAGGCUGCAUCCUCUUUGCGCUUUGGAGGAUUGCAAACGCUCGUAGACGGCCUUUCAACCCUCGUCGGAUUCUUGCUUGGACUCUUCGUCUCGACAUCCUUGUCGCGCUGGUGGGCUUUGAGGCAGCAACUCACGCUUUUCUCCGCUGCAGUGUACGACAUCCUUAUUCUAGCCUGCUGCCACCUCGAGACGCGUGCUUCGCAGCAGCCAGUGCAGCGAACAACGCAGCAGCCGGUGCAGCGGGAUAGCCACAGCAGCGACAAGGAGAAGGAAGCAGCUGUGAAUUUGCAGUUCCCCUUGCGACUGCAGCAAGGCCCCUUUGGCACAGCUCCAGAUGCACCAGACCUCUAUUGGUGCUCGAGCCGUUUUCGCAUCUUGCGGCGGCUGUUGCGUUUGGGGUGUGUGAGCUUCCAUCUCGUUUUCGACGCUGCGCAAGGCAGGAACGAACUGCAGUAUCUCCUCCGUAGGGCGCUGCUCCCGUGGCUGUCUAUGGCGAGCUGUGGCACCGAGCUAGCCAGGCGGGAAAAACUGCUUUUCGCCCCCAAUGCCACGCGAAGGUGGACCGAGAUCUGCUCGCGUGGAUCUUCAUGCGUCUCGCAGUGCCUCGCUUACGUGAGAACUCCGCUGCCGUACUCCUACGUGCACCUGCUCAUGAUCAUGGUGCUUAUUACCAACACCCUCUCAGCUGUGCUCUCUGGCCUCGCAGCAGGCAGCAGUUUCUGCCGUCUCCAGGAGGUUUGGGGGGGAAGUCUCGUGGCGGGAGAGGAGACACCCGUGGCAUCGAGCGCAGUGCUAGGGCCUGCAGCAGCAGCAGCAGCGGCUGCUGCUGCUGCUGCUGCUGCUGCUGCUGUCAACAAAAACAGCGGACACCUACUUACUCCUGUCGUUAGGCCGCACGUGUGGGAGGCGGUUCAGGGUCUGUGCAUGCACUUGGUGCUGCUCCUUGUGCUUCCUACAUUUUAUCACGGCAUCAUCGACCUUGCACAGAGGAUAAACAAUCCUUUCGGGGAUACCUCCAUCAGCUUCCCCAGAGAUCUGUACGUACAGCAGCUGGAGGCAGAAGGUCGCGCCUUCUGCGUGGCUGCUGCGGCUGCAGGAUGGUCUAACGUGUGCGAAUCGCAACAGCAGCAGAAGGAACGAGAGUGGGGUUUUAACCCGAGGCUCACGCACGAGGAGAUUGCUGCAGAGACUGCAGCUGACGCACUCCAGCUACGCUACCUUAUACAGCAGCAAGAGGUGGCUGCGGGUAGACCAGCCCUAUACACAACACGACGAAAGAACAAGCAGGAAUCGACGCUGGCAGCUUUCCCCUAA